CUUCUGUCAUCGAUAACUUGAGAAUGUUGGUCAUACUGUUUCCAUGUUAUGCGUCUGUGGUUGAAAGAGCGCGGGUGUAAAGAAAUAUUUGAAGUGAAUCGUAUGUGACAGCCACAGAAAUAUUUUUUAAGGUGCACAAAAACUGUGAUUAUGUCAGCUUCUCCGAAGAAGACAAAGCCUGCAAGAAAGACACCUGCAAAGAGAAAAGCAGCUAAUGGCUAUAAACUACCAGAACCAAUUCCCCUGGGAACAGUUCUCACAGAUAUGAAUAAGAGGAGCUGGAAAAUAGGGCCUUCUAUAGGGAUUGGUGGCUUUGGAGAAAUUUAUUCUGCACGGGAUGAAUCCUCAAAGAGUUCGGAGUACCCUUUUGUAGUUAAGAUAGAACCACAUGAAAAUGGUCCCUUGUUUGUUGAAAUGCAUUUCUACAUGAAAGUGGCUAAGCCCAAAGACAUAGCUGAAUGGACAAAGCAAAAGAAGUUAAAAUGUCUUGGUCUGCCAAUGUAUAUAGGUUCUGGGUCUCACAUGUAUAAUAACCAGAAAUAUCGAUUUCUUGUGAUGGAACGGUAUGGAAAAGACUUAUGGUCACUGUUCCUUGAGAAUAAUCGCACAUUUCCAAUUGCUACGGUGUUGGCAAUAGGUUUACAAAUUGUGGAUGUCCUUGAAUACAUUCAUGAAAAAUCUUACAUCCAUGGGGAUAUCAAGGGUAGUAAUAUACUGUUAAGUCUGAAGAAAGGCUUGGAAGACCAAGUUUACCUUGUGGAUUUUGGUUUAGCAACACGAUAUUCAUCUACAGAAUACAAGCUUAAUCCCAAGAGAGCUCACAAUGGAACCAUUGAGUAUGAGAGCAGAGAUGCCCAUGUGGGAGUUCCAACUAGAAGAGGUGAUCUGGAAGUCCUGGGUUUCAACAUGAUUCAGUGGGCAGCCUCAGAGCUUCCUUGGGAGAAAAAAAUUUCUGAACCUCCAGAAGUUAUUCAAAAAGAGAAGAUAAAAUAUAUGAAUGAUUUGUCAACUUUAAUGAAGGCAUGUUUUAAGAAAGGAAGUCCACCACAGCCUUUGGUGGAAUAUUUUGCAUACAUUGUGAAACUUGCUCCAGACGAGUGUCCAAACUACGAUUUAUGCCGCAAAAUUUUUAAAGAUGGACUGAAAAAGUGUUUAGGCUCACUGCAGAAUGUUAAAUUGGAAUUCAGUAUUACUUCUGAACAGAAGCCAAAGAAGCCUGUUCGUAACACAAAAAGAAGUGCUAAAGUUGUUCUUUCAUCACCGUCAUCAGAUGAAGACUCUCCGAAGAGAAUAGCAAUAUCUAAAAGAAAAAACAAUCGUGAAGCCAGAAAUGUUCAUGACAUGUCAGAUGAAGAAAUGGACUUUAACUCUAGUGACAGUGAAGCUAAUAACUAUGUUGUAUCAAAGCCCAAAUCAAGGUCUGGAAAGAGAAAUCAUUAAUUAUAAAUGCUGAAAAAUUAUAAGUAAAGCUCUUUUGUAUUGCAAAUAGGAGACAAAAACCAUAAUUAAAGUGGAUGUUUUAUUGUGUUCUCCUUUAUUCUAAAUGGUUUUAAUGAGUUUUAAUCUUAAAUGGUCAUUUUUUUUUUUCAAAAUUAAUAUUAUAAACAACUGUUUCAUUCCUUCCACAAAGUUAACCUGAUUGUACAUAGUACUUCAGAACCAUAGAGUGAGCUGCUUAUUUGCAGUGACACUUAAGCCACACUCAUUCACAGAUCUAUUUCUGUGAGAAGAUUUCUUCGCGGUAAGAAUGAUUUUAUUUACAUCGCAUACUUGUAUUUUUGAAGUAUUAUGUCUUAAAAUAUAGAUUCACGUUUGAGUUUAGCAGGUAUUAUCUUUUGUAUUCCUAAUAAAACUGUACUUUUUGUUAAUUCAAUCAUAGGUUUAUAAAAUUUGUGGCAUAUUUGUACUUUAGACGGUGCCUAAUAAAAAUAUUGUCUUUUUGUCCAAGUA